AGUGGUGUGGGUAGAAUUUAUGUGCUAGAGUCAAUCGUCUUUCUAAAUUCUUAAGGAAAAAAACGAAGACCCUUGACCCCUCCUCUCCUCUCCUCUCCUUCCCUCCAAAACCAAAACCAAAACCAUAUGACUCAACCACUCUCUCUCGUGGUUUGUGGAAGACGACGAUCCUCCUCUGAUCUUGAAAUAGAGGACAACAAUCCAAGCAUAUCGCAGCUGGUUUCGGCGCUGCGGGACGCGUUUCAGGAGGCCGAGUUCGACAGAAUCGAAGAGGCCUUAGUCGCCAGAGAGGCCGAGCUGAAGCGGCGGAACAAGAUUCUGAGUGAGAAGGUCGAGUUGGGCCUGCUGGACCGGCUCAAACUGGCCCAAGAUCUCGAGGAUCUGAAGGAGAGUAGGCAGCCGCCGGAGAAGGUGAAGGAGGAUGAGGUUUUGGACGAGGACAAAGAGGUAAUUUCGCGGCUGCGAAAGAAGAACAAUCGAUUAGAGAUGGAAAAAUUGAGGCUUGAUCGUCAGUAUGAGGCUCUGGAGAGCCGAAUUUUGGGUUUAGAGGAUGAUACUACGAAAUUGGUGAAUGAAAUGCUUCUGGGUUCAAGUAGAAAUGAAGGAACGAGGGUUGUAAAUUUGGAGAAUGUGUUUGAGUGUUUGAUUGAGGCUCAGGCAAACGGAAAUCUGCAAAUUUCAGCAGGGGAAGCAAAGCUAGACCGAGUGAUUCAGAAACAGAGGGAGGAGUAUGCAACACUCGAGAAAAGGCAUAAGUUUGAGAUGGGGAAAAUGCUAAAAGUUGAGAAUGAGUUUGCAGCCCUCAAGAGAGAACACCAGCUUCAGCUGGAGGAAAAAGUCAAGGUUGAGAAUGAGCUGAAGGCUUGCCGGGUAGAGAUUGAGGGGCUCAAAGUUGAGAAUGAGGUGAAGAAGUUGAAGGAAGUGCUAAAGGCAGUUGAGGAAAAACAUAAGAGCGAGUAUAAAGCACUGGAGCAAAAGCACCAAUCUCACCUUCUGGUAGUUGAGAAUGAGUUAAGGCACUGCAAAGCCGAGCUCCAGGGGUUAAAGGAGGAGCAAGGUAUCUCAGAUGAGAAGCUUCUGGAGGAGGUGAAUAAGCACAGGAAAGAGGAGGAUGAAGUGGUCAAUUUCGAUCCCCAAAGGCAAAGCAAGGAGGUGGCGAGUGAGCCUAAUGUGGUAUUGGAGAACGAAAUCUCUCGGUUAGAUAAGUUUAGGAAUGCAAAGCAUCUUGGUUCAAAAAGCAUGGAUAAGAGAAGCAAAAAUAGUGGAAUGCCAGAUGGUAGUAGAAAACAGAAGUGUAUUGUAACCCCUAACCAUGUCAUAAAUGUAGAGAAUGAUUUUUGUGGUUCUGUGCCAGCAAGUACUUCCCCUCGAGGAAACAGUGUUCGAAAUUCAGGUACUUCUAAAUCUUCAAAUGCAGACACCAUUCUGCUUAGCGAUAGCGAUGAUGAUUGUGCUCCUGCGGAACUGAAAAAUUUUGUGCUCAAAAGAAAACGAGCUUCAUCUCCAAAUGCUAGUAACAAUAACAAUGGUGGUCACAAUUUCGAACGAGAGAGUUUCCCAACCUCUGAGAAUAAGCAAAGCCGGAUGCUGGGCCGCUGUGACUCUCUAGGUAGUGGCUAUGGAAUACAAAAUAACCCACCGAGUCGUGACCAAGAGAUCUUAAGACCAUCUGAAGAAAAAGUAGGGGAAAAACAUAAGUCACCUGUUGAGUCUCCUGCAAAGGUGAAUGGCGAGUCUGAUUCCAGUUCUGCAUCUAUGUUCAGUUCUGAUGAUUCUGAGGAUGACGAUGACAUCGAUCUUGAAUCAAUGAUGCUGUUCACAACAAACAGAUCAUGAGAGAUGGCUGCAUGGGAACUACUUUGGUUUAGUUUCUUAGAGCUCGGGGACAGACAACACAGCGUAAAAGAUCUGUCAAGGAGUUGUAGCAUGGCGUAAAUGAUCUUUGUGACUGCAAGUACUCUGAACUGUUCUUUUGGAGAUUCUCUUAGAGAAGAGAUCCUGCUUUGUCAGUUCUCAAAAUGGAAAUAUGGAAUACAAGCCUGCUGCUAUGCAAAGCAUUUUUGAUGAUGGAGUAUAACAUGGGUAAUCAUAUUGCAAAUGAUAUUUUUGAAAUUCUGCAAAGACUGCAAUUUCUGAACUGCUUGCAGAGUUUUAUGUAGAUAGUUGAAUGUAUAGUAUAGAAGUUGAGCCUGAUCCCUUCUAACUAGGCUGGUGCAUUAACAUGUCAACUGGUUCAACUGGUCAAAUUACUUGUUUUAUGGGAUGAAAAAUCAUGUUAUCCUUUGUAAA